GCGCCGACCCCGUAGCUCAAAUUCAGUGCUGAUGUGGUGCAACGGAGAUCCUGAUAACCAGGUCAUUCCUCGAAACGAGAUCUGAACUUCUUCGACCAUUGACACACUUUCGCUAUCUUCAACAUGGCGUCUAUUUCCUUUCAACCCCGAUCCCUGUCAGUUGUGCAGGUAGGACAAUAUCUGGCUGGGUUGACAGCCGUUUGCAUCCUGACGGUCGUAGUAUACAGACUUCAUUUCCAUCCAAUAUCCAAAUAUCCUGGCCCAAAGUUAUGGGCAGCAACAGCGCUCCCUUCCGCAUACUAUGCUAUUGUAGGUGCAAAGGCUUCCAAAAUGUCGGAACUGCACAAUCAAUACGGGCCAAUCGUGCGAGUCGGUCCGUACGAAUUAUCCUACGUCAGCGAGGUCGCCGAGAGGGAUAUAUAUAGCUCUCACCGAGCUUCGGGAGGCAAACAGCUUGGCAAAUAUAAAUUUACACCACCGAGUCGUAUUGGCGGAAUCUUCAACAACCCAAAUGACGCCGACCAUUCUAGGCUUCGAAAGAUUCUCGGAGUUGCGUUCAGCGACAAGGCCGUUCGGGAGCGAGAACCCUUCUUGCAGGACUACACUACGCUCUUCAUCAAAAGAUUAAAAGAACAACCAGUUGGGAAACCAAUUGACAUGACCUGGUGGCUGGGUUGUAUUGGCUUCGAUACGGUGGCACAUCUCACUUUCGGAGAUUCAUUCCACGCCCUUCAAACCACUACACUUCCAGAAAUAGCAUCUCAAAACCAUGAUCUCCUCGUAACCUCAGCCAGGCGAGCAGCGCUAGGCCCAUUCUUCUUGGGCAGGCAACUGUACAAGUGUUUUGGGGAGCCUCCCAGUUUUCCUAUCCGGAGGAAGAUCUUCGCAGGACUGUUCGAGGGUCAUGAAGCCAGGCGAAACGCAGGCAAGAAGGGUGAAAAUGAAGUCGAGGAUUUGGUCUCUAUCAUGUCCAAAAAGAUCGGCAGUCAGAAGGGCCUCAGUCAAGGUGAGAUGGCAGUUGUCAGCAACGACCUCAACAUUGCCGGGAGCGAUACGUCUGCUUCUGCUCUCUCUGCUAUGAUCUACCAUCUCCUCCAGAACCCUUCAAAGCUUCAGAUCCUAACCAAGGAAAUACGCUCCUCCUUCAAAACCGAAGAGGAAAUCAAGGGCCCAGCAAUAAACAACCUCAAAUACCUAAACGCUGUCAUCAACGAGUCUAUGAGACUCAGCCACCCCGCACCAGAAACGACCAGGAGAAUCACAAAUCCUGGCGGGAACACGAUCUGCGGUGACCACAUUCCGGGAGAUAUUCGAGUCGGCGUCUACAGAUAUGCAGCAGGACACUACGCACCAGCAUGGAAAGACGUCGAGUUCUUCGUUCCUGAGCGCUGGCUAGGAGACAAGGAGUACGAAGGCGAUAAUCUUGGUCUUGUCAACCCGUUUGCCAUAGGGCCGCGGAAUUGCAUCGGACAGAUUUUUGCGAUGGUUUAUAUGAGGCUUGUUCUUGGAAGGCUGUUCUGGAAUUUUGAUCUUGAGCUUUGCGUAGAGAGCAAGAACUGGCUUGAUAUGAAGAUGUAUUCGUUGAUUAUUGACAAGGCACCUCUUUUCGUUAAGCUGAAGUCCGUCAGGUGAUGCGAAAUAGACCCCUUGAUCAUCGGAAAUGCACCAGGGCAUAGAAGUUCUGGGAGUCAUACUUGUUCUACUCCUCGAUCGAAUACACACGAACAAAGAGGAGAUAGUCUCGAAAGAAUAGAAAAAAGAGUUAGAAAAUAUCUAUAUCGCACC